UGUUUUUAUUUUUGCGCGUCUAACGGUAGUCAACAAUAAAAUCGGGCUUACAAACGCCGGCACUCUUGCAGUUUUUCUUUUUAUUGCAGCGAAUAUCAAAAACAUCGGUGAUUCGUGUACUCUGUAGACACCGGCUGGUACAUAGUUUUCGCGUCAAGGCAUGGACAUUCGCGGGCUUGGACAACCUCGCCUGCAACCAAGCAUAGAUACAAAUGUCCCUUAACUGGGUUUGGGCCGGCGUUUCCGAACCCUGCCUGACCUUUGAGGUUGGCAACGGUGGGCCCGACCGGGUUACGCAGGUUGUACAACGCCUAGGGGUUACAGGUUACUUUAACCCCCCCGUAACCGUGCCCACUGGCCACUAGU